AUGGCGGCAGAAGGUAACAUACCUGAGAUAGUCACAACAGACCUUUCCUCCAAUCAUGCAGUAAUUCCCUUGUUCGCUUCAUCCUCUACAAAUCCUCCUCACAGAACACACCCUGAUUCUUCCCUUUUGUCCCCCCACCCUCAAUCACACCGUCGAGUUUCACUAGACUCUCGCUCACAUUCCCCUUCCCCUACCAUCGUCUCAUCAAACGACGGUGCUUCCCAAUUUGUUCCUCCCUCACCCACCCUAUCAAAUAGCUCUUCAGCUCAUUUCGCUACUUCCCUCUCAUUAAGGGAUAAUAAACCAGACGAGCGCAACGGUUAUUCUUCCUUGAAUCUCCUCACCGCUUCAAUGAACAAGCUCUCCGCUCAUCGUCGAAAACUUAGUAAUGCAACUUUCACAAGCUCUCAUGAGGGUCACAGCAGCCUCAACGAAACAGAACCAGACCAUGAUUAUGCCAUGGUUCACAUUCACCCUGUUAAAUCGGAUCCCACUACCGCAAUGCAUUCCCCUACCCCUACACACGUAGACACAGCCUCCGUCAUAUCCAGGUCCCUACCCGCUAAAUCUGACAUAUCCGUCGACAACAUCGUCACACGAACUCCUUCACCCACUCCCGAUCCAAAUCAGAAUCCUUCUGACAGCCACAAAUCACUUCAAGUCAACCCCGACGUUCCAAAACUUGACCUCGUACAAGAUGACUCGGUUGACCACCAUCCAUUCAAAUUCAAACCGGUCCAGCUCGCCAGUCUUCUAGACCCAAAAAACCUCGAUGCUCUCGAGGCUUUGGGCGGUAUCAACGGCCUUCUUGACGGCCUAGGAACUCACCCUUCCCGGGGUUUAACUCUACCUCCCACUGCCGGUGCCGGAGUAGGCACUUCCCAAAGGCAUGAUCGGCAACCUUUGGCCGUUCACGAUCAUACUGAAGUUCAAGUGACCGACGACCCUCAUUCGGCAUUAAUGGAACAUCGCAAGCGUGUAUUUGGCGAAAACGUGCUUCCUCAACGAACUAGCAAAAGUCUACUUGCCCUCAUGUGGCUUGCCUUGCAGGAUAAAGUCCUCGUCUUGUUAUCUAUCGCAGCGGUUGUUUCACUCGCACUGGGCUUGUUUCAAGAUUUUGGGACACCUCUGCCUGCCGGCCAACCCCCAGUAGAUUGGGUGGAAGGUGUUGCCAUCAUGAUCGCGGUCCUUAUUGUUGUUGUCAUUGGCUCGAUAAAUGAUUGGCAAAAAGAACGGCAAUUCAAGGUUCUCAACGAGAAAAAGGAAGAACGUGGGGUCAAAGUCAUCCGCAACGGCAUCGAACGUCUCAUAGAUGUGAAAGAAGUCGCAGUCGGCGAUGUGGCAUUAUUAGAACCAGGGGAAAUUAUUCCCUGCGACGGCAUCUUCUUAACUGGGUACAACGUCAAGUGUGACGAAUCAGCGGCAACUGGCGAGUCGGAUGCUAUCAAAAAGGCGUCCUAUGCAGAUUGCCUGGCACUGAAACAGGCACUAAGCGGUGUGCAUGCUGACCGUUGCGCCCUCGGAGGGGAGCACUUGUCUACCCACACGGACUGUUUUGUUGUCAGUGGUAGCAGGGUUCUGGAAGGUAUCGGUAGCUAUGUCGUCGUUGCAGUUGGCACAAAGAGCUUUAACGGCAGAAUCAUGAUGGCUCUCAGGACGGAGACCGAGCACACACCGCUUCAAUUAAAGCUCAACCUCCUGGCUGAAUUGAUCGCGAAGAUAGGAAGCAUUGCCGGCAUCAUUCUCUUCUCCUCUCUGAUGAUCAGAUUCAUCGUGCAACUUGCCACAGGCCAGCCUGUCAGGUCUGCCGACCAGAAUGGCAUGGCUUUCGUUCAGAUUUUGAUUAUCUCGGUCACAUUGGUCGUAGUCGCUGUUCCAGAAGGACUCCCAUUGGCAGUAACUCUCGCUUUGGCAUUCGCCACUAAGAGGAUGACGAAAGAAAACCUCUUGGUACGCGUUUUGGGCUCCUGCGAGACGAUGGGCAACGCCUCCGUCAUCUGCACCGACAAGACCGGCACGCUCACUUGCAACGUCAUGUCCGUAGUCGCAGGCUCCAUCGGGAUCCACGCUAAAUUCGUGCGCAAACUCCAACACAACCAAGCUCGCACAAACGCGAAUAGAAGCCGAAGUCCACACAGGAACUCUGAUUCGGAACCUCCCCGCGAUGAUUUCAGCAUCGACCAAUCGAUGCUUAGUACCGUUCUGAGCCGACCGCUUCUUUCGCUAUUUAAUGCCGCUAUUGCUGUGAACUCUACCGCAUUUGAGGAUGUGGAGAAGGAGAGUGGGCAGCGCUUGUUCAUGGGGAGUAAGACAGAGACGGCGCUUUUGACCUUUGCCAAGGAGCUUGGGUGGCCGGAUUAUAAGGAGACAAGGGACGCGGCGAAGAUCGUGCAGAUGAUUCCGUUUUCUAGCGAUCGCAAGGCUAUGGGCGUGGUGGUCAAGACCGAGCAUGGAUAUCGCUUCCACGUCAAGGGCGCUAGCGAGAUUCUGACAAAGCUGUGCACCAGCCAUGUCGUUGUAGACCAGCAUGGAAGCACUCGCUCUAAUUCUGACGACGUCGAGAUAGCGAAGAUCGAUAGCGUCUCGGAAGAGAACAUAUCUAGGACUAUCAUUUUCUACGCGAAUCAGACUCUGCGGACGAUAGCCCUGUGCUAUAAGGACUUCCCGUCUUGGCCACCACCAGGGAUCCAAGCCACGGCAAUUGACGAAGUGCCAUACGACGUCAUCGCUCGAGACUUGACAUUGAUCGGAAUCGUCGGGAUCGAAGAUCCACUCAGGGAUGGUGUUCGAGAAGCAGUGGCUGAUUGUCGCAAAGCUGGUGUCGCUGUGAAGAUGUGUACGGGUGAUAAUGUGCUGACGGCGCGUUCGAUUGCCACGCAGUGUGGGAUAUAUACGGCUGGCGGUGUCAUCAUGGAAGGACCCGUUUUUCGCCAGCUCGAUGAAUCCCAGAUGCUCGAGAUCGUUCCUCGACUCCAGGUUCUUGCUCGUUCGUCGCCUGAAGACAAGAAGACACUGGUGGAGAAGCUUCGCGCACUCGGGGAGAUUGUGGCCGUCACUGGCGAUGGCACGAAUGACGGUCCCGCUCUCAAGACGGCGAACGUAGGAUUCUCCAUGGGUAUAGCAGGGACAGAAGUGGCCAAAGAGGCGUCCGACAUCAUUCUGAUGGACGACAACUUUUCUUCCAUCGUCAAGGCGAUCGUAUGGGGCCGUUGCGUGAACGACGCAGUCCGUAAAUUCCUACAGUUCCAGAUUUCCACCAACGUCACCGCCGUGGUGAUCACUUCCGUAACCGCCAUCGCUUCAAGUGCUGAAACGUCGGCGCUGUCGGCUGUUCAGUUGUUGUGGAUCAAUAUCAUCAUGGAUACAUUCGCUGCACUUGCACUUGCCACGGACCCUGCAUCACCGGUGUUACUGGACAGGGAGCCUGAUAGGCAGACGGCGCCGCUUUUCACUGUGGACAUGUACAAGCAGAUUCUAGUGCAAUCCAUCUACCAGAUCAUUGUCAUCUUGCUAUUCCACUUCCUUGGCAUCCAGAUCCUGGGCUUUGCGGAUACGUCGGGGAAUGACACCAUUGUACAGACGCUGGUCUUCAACGCGUUUGUUUUCGCACAGAUAUUCAACUCGCUGAAUUCGCGAAGGCUAGAUCGGAAGCUCAACAUCUUUGAAGGCAUGCUGAACAAUUGGUACUUCAUGGCUAUUACCUUCAUCGAGAUCGCUGUGCAAGUGGUCAUCGUGUUCAUCGGGGGCGCCGCAUUCCAGGUGACGCCUAUUGCAGGUCGUGAAUGGGGCAUUUCACUCGCCCUUGGCUUUGUAUCCAUUCCCCUCGGCGCAAUCAUCCGCCUGCUGCCCAACGAACCCUUUGAACGCCUCUUCAUCUUCAUGCGCUUACUGCCCAAACGCCAAAGCGAUCUUCCUAAAGUUCGCUCAGAUGUUGAAUGGAACUCUGCGAUUGAACUUGUGCGUGAUAAUCUCGCCACGUUCGCUAACCUGCGGGGCGGGCGACUUCGUUCGUCUUCAUUCGUCGUGAAGAGUCGUCAGGCUAGACUACACGAUGAUAAGCGUGUCCCUCUCCCUUCAUUGAUGACUAUGGUCCCGACGCUUAUUGCAUCGUCUAUCGGAGCUGGCUGGGCACCACAAUCACGCGGUACUCUAUCAGACCCUGCCCGUUAUGAUCCCUCAAAGUCCUCUGCUGCCCUCUGGGAAGGCAGGCUCCAAAUUCACCCCGAUACGAAGCCAGAUGAUGCACUGUUUCGCACAAAAUGGGGUCGCGGCAACCGUCCACCCGCGGCAUAG